AUGAUAGCCUUGGUCGCUGGAAUUCUGAAACGGCUCAAGUCAUUCAAGUUCGGCUGUUUGUGUUCCGAUGGCAUGUCUACCUACUCUUUGCAGUCGCCUCCUGGAGCGCCUCCUGGUCCUGGGCAAGGCCUGCAGAAGCGCCUCACUUCGAUAGUGCGCCCAGCUGCACAUCCCGUGGGUUCAGUUCCCUACCACGUCCGUGCACCAGUUCCAGCAGUUCAAGUUCAAGUUGCCGGCGCUCCCCGUCCGGGCGUGCCGGGCGUGCCGGGCGUCCCGGGUGUCCCGGGCGUCCGUCCGGGCGUCCCGGGUGUCACUCAAGCGACGGCGCCUUUGCCUCGGCCCGUGCGAUGGAGCGUGGCUCCUGGCACGGUGACUUCCCCCCUUGCAGGCCAUCCAGGCAUGCCCGUUGUCAGGCCAGUGCCGGUCGUGCCAAAGCAGCCGAUCCCAGCUGCGCCUGCAGGUGUCCAACCUCUCCGCCCCGUAAAUGCUGCAAACCCUGUGCCAGUGCCACAGCCUGGCCCCGUCCACCCUUUACAAGUCCUCGGCCAGUCUUUGGCAGUGGCCCAGGCCCCAGCCCAAGCAGAGCAGGAGCCUGAAACCUCUGAGGAGACGCGACCGGAGAGUGAGGCUUCCUCCACAACUUCGCCAAGAAGUGCACCAAGCCCAGCGGGAGCCACCGCGAGCCCCCCUACAGACUCGCCGAACGAUUUAAAGACACCUGAGCCGACUGGAACGCCAAAAGGCCAGCCUGUUCCUGCCGUGGAAGAACUGCAAAGCAAGAAGGUAGCUGCCGAGUCCAACGCGGAUACGAAGCCGGCAGAAAAACCUAGAGACAGCAGUUGCACAAAGUCAGCUCGUCAUCGUGAUCAACCUGCCUUGGCAGUUCUUGCUGCGGCAUUCGCCGCUGGUACGGCAGAUGAUGUGCACCUACAACGUGGCUUUGCAGCCGAUGUGCGCAAACUCGAACUUCCGGAAGCAGGAUUGUAUCCGGACAUCGAGGACAUGGGUUCGGCCGAGUGGCCUACCUGGGUCGACAGCACAGCGGAGGACACCGGGCGCGGUGGUGCGAUUGCUUUUGUGCCCUCCUCCGUCCGGAGCGAUUCUCAUUGUAUAUACUUCGUACACGGUGGGGGAUUCGAGUAUGGCUCCCCGCUGGAAGAUGGCUAUGACAGCCUUUGCUCGCGAGUAGCAGCAGGUUCAGGCCUUGUGGUGGUAUGUCCGGAUCAUCCUCUGUCCGGGGAGAGCCGGCCGUUUAAAGCACCGGAAAUCAUCGACGUGCUGCUGAAAGGUUUACGGUGGCUACUGCGGUUCGACCCCGUGACAAAGGAGCGAAGGAAAGCUUCCCCGAAGCUGAUCCUGGCUGGAGACUCCGCUGGAGCUACGCAGGCGCUUUCAAUUGCAUUGCGUGCGCUGGAACAAGACGACACCGAGCUGACAGCCUCACUCUGUGGACUGGUGCUGAUUUCACCAUGGCUUGACCUGAGCUGUGGAAGCCACACCUAUGUGAGCAACGCCUAUGCAGAGGAGGCCGACACCGGCGAUCUCGCCUUCCGGGAGCAUGCCGAUGACAACAGAGCAUCUUUCCGUCGUAUGGCCAUGACAUACACCGGAUCAUCAGGGCUUCUCAAGGAUGCUAUCUUCAGCCCAUACUGGCUGGUGCGCAACCUCGAGUCUGACCUUGUAGCCAAGCUUGCCAAGCUGCAGACUCCGAUGUGGAUUUGUGCUGGUGCAGCAGAGACGCUGAGUGGCGAGGUCCUGGACUUUGCUGAGCGACUUCGGGGCAAGGUACCCAUGGAGGCAUGGCUCCAUGAAGGCAUGUUCCAUGACUGGGUGAUGUAUACAACAGACCAUCCCAUGCCGAGCAAAGAUGCUGCAAUGAACAACAUGUUCGACUUCAUUGCCAGGAUACGUGGGACGUCCUUCACCCCUGCAAAUGGCAUUCAUUACUAUAUAGAUGAAUGGGAAUGA